CAAUAAUUCAGCGUGAAUAGACGCACAAACACCAUUAUAGACCAUCGACGUCCUGCGCGCAGGCUCUUUCAGAAGGUGGAGAGGAAAACGUCGAGAGGGAGUAAAGGAUGCUCGUGAAUUUUCGCCAGUAGCAUUGCCAGCAGCGUGACUAACCACCGGCCAGCUCCACUUGCUCCUCGUGGUAGUGUGUGCCUCGUUGUGGUAACCUGUUGCCGAAACAAAUCAAUGCAAAUAAAUGCUACGGUAUCGUUCGAUUGAUUCUACAUGUGUCGUAAGUGUCGCGCGCGUACGUGUGUACGUAUAAGACAAUUCGAGCAAUCUCCGGUUUCUAUACCCGCAGAUGCACAGAAAUAUAGAUAUACAACUUCCAUCCGUGAGACCGUUCCUUUCUUUUCUGCGGACUUUUAAUUUCUUUUGUCAAAAGAGCGAAAAAAGAGAAACUCGCGUAAAGAGAGAUAUAAAACCGGAACUGUCGCAGCAGCGGAAACAAAAUUCGUAAAGCGCUCGUCGUAAUUUAAUUAAAUUCCGGGCAGAUAUAAACGAGUGUCACACGUGCAUCCGAUGCUAAACGGAAAGCUAACGCCUUUAUUCCUCUUCUCUAUUUCGCGACAAUCCCACUAAUUGAUGAAAAAUUGAUAAAUGCACGAUCGACUCGCCGAUCGCAAUCGGCGGAACAUAAUUAAUUGCGAAUUACGGAUAAUUUCAAUGUCAAGUAGAACGGUAAUCAUGCGAUUUGUCUUGAUAGCCGAUAACUAAUCGCGUUAUAUCAAAGAUGCGAAUAUUGUGAAAAUAACGGAAAGAAAUGCGCGUCGUUGCGCUUGUGAACACUUGCAAUCGAACGUAAUCGAACACGUACCUCCAAAAUUGUCGCUCAGCAAAAUGUCAUACAAUUUUACUUACACUUACAUUUUGGAGCAACUGAAUUUGACCAACGAGGAAAUCGAUUGCAUCAAAAGUCUCGGCCUGAAUAAUCUAACGAUAAGUGAUUGCAACGGAAUCGAGAAUCCUGAUAGUCCAAUUCCCGGAAAUGGGAAUAGCGACGGAAGCGGUACAGAGUCCUGUUACUGCGACAGCGUGAUUCGCGAUCUGGCGACAAAGUACAAAAAUUAUCACGGCUACGUUUCGCUGAUCGUAUGCGUUUUCGGCACGAUCACCAAUGUGUUGAAUAUCAUCGUGCUCACCAGAAAAGACACGAGAGCGGCGCCCAUAAAUCGUAUCCUGACGGGGCUGGCCACGACGGAUGUGUUAGUGAUGCUGGAAUACAUUCCCUUCGCGAUUUACACAUACUUCGUGUUGCCGGAACGCCGGAUAUUCCCGUACGAACUGGCCGUGUUCGUACUGUUUCACAUGCACUUCACGCAACUUUUUCACACAAUCAGUAUAGCCCUCACGCUCACUCUCGCCGUUUGGAGAUACAUCGCCAUCAGAUUUCCACAGUACAGUCACACCUGGUGUACCGGGAGACGCUGCACCACAGCACUGUUCUGCAGUUUUCUCGUUCCGUCCCUCGCCUGCGUCCCUAGCUAUUUCGUAUUCGAAAUAAAAGGACAGAUCGUUUAUGAGAAAGGCGCCAUGGAAAUACUAUACUACGUAGAUGCUAAUUAUUCCGCCAGCAAAGGAUUCUUGUACCAAUUAAAUUUCUGGGUACUCGGCGUGGUAGUUAAACUUCUGCCGUGCGUCCUUCUCACUGUCAUCAUCUGUUGGCUGAUAAAGGCCCUUUACAGGAUGAAGGGUAGAAAGCAAAUUUUGAAGAGCUACAAUCAUUGCGCUGUCAAGCCUACUUCAUCAGUCGGAACCUGCGGUCUGAAUUACAAUGGAUCGUUUCAGGAUAAGAAGGAUGAGUACCCGCGAAGGGUGAGCAAAUUUGAUAAACGAACUGACCGAACGACGAGGAUGCUGGUAGUGGUGCUGCUGCUAUUUCUCAUGACGGAGAUUCCUCAAGGGGUCCUGGGACUGCUUUCCGCGGUCUUAGGCAAUUGUUUCUUCCGAAAUUGUUAUCACAAACUUGGAGAAGUAAUGGAUAUUUUAGCGCUACUGAAUGGUAGUAUAAAUUUUAUCCUGUAUUGCUCUAUGUCGAGACAAUUUCGCAUGAUUUUCGGCCAAUUGUUCAAACCGAAAAUCAUGAAAAAAUGGCCAAUAAGCCAACAGCACCAACAUCAUACCGAAGUGCAAAGUACAUACGUUUAAUAGAGAAUUCACAAAAGAAGUCUUAUGCAAUAAAAUUACUAAAGUCUAUUUUUAAAAU